AUGCCUGAACCUGUCGAGGCCGAGACCUGGAGCACCAAGGCUCGGAGUGGUUCUCCUCGACCCACACCGCCUGCGGUCCCUUCUCAAGCGGGAAAGCCUAGUCUUAAGGAGUUGAAGGAAAAGAACACCCAGGAAGAGGUCUUACUCGGCUUCGGUGCACAGUUUGGAUCCGGCAAGUCCAAGCCAGCUUCGGGUUAA